AUGUCCUCACUCCUCAGAUCCGUCACAAGACUUUCAUCCCGCGCCGCCGUCCGCUCAACACCACGCAUCAUCACAAGAUUCCAUAUUCAGCCCUUUAGCGUCAACACAGCAAAGAUGUCUGAGCAAUCCAUCGUCUUCACUAAGAACGCCCCGGCCGCUCUUGGCCCCUACUCCCAGGCCAUCAAGACCCCCACCGCCAUCUACUGCUCCGGCCAGAUCCCCCUCACCCCCGAGGGCACCUUCGUCGAGGGCUCCAUCGCCGACAAGACCAAGCAGUGCAUCUCCAACCUCAAGGCCGUCCUCGUUGAGGCCGGCUCCUCCAUUGAGAAGGUCGUCAAGGUCAACAUCUUCCUCGCUGACAUGGGCGACUUUGCCGAGAUGAACGGCGAGUACGAGAAGUGGUUCACCCACAAGCCCGCCCGCAGCUGCGUCGCCGUCAAGACUCUGCCCAAGAACGUUGACGUUGAGAUUGAGUGCAUUGCCCUUCCUUGA